AUGAUCUCGGUUCUCGGUAUCUCUCCGACUGCAUCUGCGACGCGAGGUCCUGUGCGCCCAGGAUGUGAAGUCGGUUCGUGUCGUCCACUUCAAAACUCUCUGCAGAAAGCUCCGCAUUCACUGACGCGCGGUGUUUGGGCAGUCGGGAGUCUCUUUGCUGUGUCGCUUUGCCGCGGAGAUAGGGCUGCAAUAGCCGAAGGUCGGUGUGAGCGCAGGGGCCGCAAGGGUGCUUCAGCUUGCCGGGCCUUGCCAGACCAAGUGCCACCUGCGGCUGCCAGCAGAGUCGUGAUCAAGCCUGACGCUGAGGCGGUGGCUUUUGAGCUUUGUGCGGAGGUCGCCCGGGCUGCCAAGGAGGCCGUGGCAGCACGAGGCGCCUUUGCGCUUGCAAUUCCAGGAGGCUCCAUCUUGAAGAUGCUGGUGACGGGGUCUUCGCAGUUAGAAGGUGUGGAGUGGGACAAAGGAGUCCUAGCCUACGUGAACCACAAGUGCGUCCCAAAUGACGAUGCUGCCGCCACGCACCAAAAGGCCACCGAGCUCUUUCUCAGUGGCUGGCCUGGCAUGCGCGUCAUUACAAUGGGUGGCUCGGCAGAGGGCGGGGCGGAAGCGGCGCGCUACGAAGCUGAACUCCGGGCCUUGCCGGAGUCGACGCUGCCGCGAAGCUCCGGACUACCCGUCUUCGACCUUUGCCUCAUCGGCGUGGGAGAUGAUGGGCACUUUGGGUCGCUCUACCCGGGCCGGGAGGAGAUUGCGGAUGCGUCGGGCCGAUGGGUCUUGGCUGUGGACAUGAAGUCUCCUCCCAGCAUCACGCUCUCGCCGGCAGCGAUGAUGUCUUCCAAGAAGGUCCUUGUGGCCUCCGCUGGAGUUUCGGAGAAGUACCCCAUGGGCAAAUCGGAAGCCAUGAAGAAGGCCAUCGAAGGCAUGGAAGGCCCUCGUGCCUUCCCUGCUCAAGCCCUCAGAUCUACGGCAUGCUACCUCCUCGACGAGGCGGCCGCUUCGUCCUUGAGCGAAGGUUACCUGAGCUGA